AUGAGGCAGUUGGCACUGGGAUUGGGCCUCAUCCAGCAGCUGAGCUUGGCCAUCGUGGUGGAGCGCAAUAUGUUCGCCUAUUACAAGGUGCCGGCUGCCCAGCUGCUCUAUUCCCAAGACUCGGAUUCGGAUUUCGACUCCCACUCCCAGGAGGUCAGCCAUCUUGGUGGAAGCCAGGUCAGCGAUCUCUACUAUGUGCUGCAGUGCCCACCAAAACUGGACGAGGGAAUCCCCAAGCCGCAGAACAUGCAAACCUGCAGUGUGGUGGACCAGUACAAGGGCAUGUGGAAAAAGAAGAAGCCCAAGCCCAAGAAGCGUUUCCAUAUGGUUCCAUUCCGGAUAGUGCUCCGUCCAUUGGGACCGCCAGCCAGGAGACGUAGCCUUAAGCGUCGCAAGCGCCAGCACAAAGGUCAAAAGAAUCCAAAUAACAAGUAUCCAUAUGACCAGACUGCAGAGGUCUCCAGUCAAGUGAAACUGCAAGAGAUGACCAGUCCGCUUCAAUUCCUGGGACUCCCCCACAAACGGCAGAAACUUCUCAAGCUGUCCGCCGACCAUCGAAAGUUCAAGAAGGGCACUAGGUCCAAGGGUCACCAGCACAUGUACCAUCGCGAUGAGUCCUACAACGAUCAUAUCUUCUACGACGAACUUCAAGAUGACGGAAAAUUCCACAAGCUCGGAAAAGAUCUAAUCUAAUUAAAUGCUUAUUUAUUUUAUAGUAUCUGAGCAUGUUUUAAAGUUAACUGAAUAAGGCU